AUAAUGGAGGAUAUUUUCUACAUAAUUUCGGGUGCGUUCGGUGCAAGAUAUGGUGUUUGUUCUUUUGAAUGUUUUCUAGUAAUGCUACCUUGUGUCUUUUUGGAUAUUGAUGUUGCAUCUGUCUACGGCCAUAGAUAUUGUGCCUCGGGGUUCUGCGUUACCUACGCAGGUACAAUUUUGGAAUGUUCAAAUACUUCUGCUUUUUGGACCCCGUACUUUUGAUUUCGUAUACCUUGUUUUGUUACUGGUUCCAAGUUUUGCGGCACCUUCCGCUCUUACCGUCGUUGCAUAUCAGUGUUUGGGGCAUGAAUCCUUCAGGAUGCGAGUAUAUUAUCCGCUUGCGGCCAGAUGGUGAUAUGCUUCAACCCCGAACCUACAUGUUCUUUCCAUUUGAUCCGCGGCUCGGAAACCACGGGUCAGGGCCAUGCGAAUCAAAUUGGCUGUUAAUCUUCGGGCUUACCGAUUCCUUCAACCCGAUGAUUUGGUUAUCACACAUGGCCCAGGCCAUUUUCUGCGGCAGAUUCUGGCUCUGCACGGGGGAGAGCAAACCCGAAUGGCUUCAAAGUUUCUCGGGUUACCACUGUUACAAUCCGACCUCGGGCCGCCGGAUCCAGAGCCAAGCAUAGUACAGGCGUGAACCAAAUUCAGCGACGUAGUAUGCAAUCGCAUACGUGCUUCUAUGUCCCUGCUUUGGUAAUGGCUGG